AUGACAAGAUAUACCCCCUCCGCAACGCUCGUAGUCGCAGACUCGACUCAUCGAGUUCCGGAACAGUGGCUUGACAAGCUUGACCCGGAAUGGGCCAAGAUAUGGGAUAUUCAUGGUGGACAUCAUUGUCAAGCGGAGGAAGUUUCGAUCGAGGAAGUUCGCAAAGACCCUACAGCAUACAGCUUUACAUACCCAACGUGGGACGGGCCGCAAGUCCACUCGGAAGAGGAGUUUGACAUACCUGUAACAAGGCCUGCUGGUCAGAUCAAGAUCCGAGUAUACACUCCGAAAGGCGAUGGCCCCUUUCCUGUGCAUCUUAACUACCAUGGAGGAGGAUGGAUCCUGGGUAGUCUCAAGAGUGAAGCCGCCUGGUGCCGUAGUGUCUGUAACAAGACUGGAAUCGUGGUCGUCGACGUCAAUUAUCGAUUGGCACCCGAGUUCGUGUUUCCAGCUGCGAUCUUCGACUCCUGGGACGCCAUACAAUGGGUCAUAGCCCAGGCCGACAGACUCAACGUCGACACGAGAGGCAUAUCGAUUGGCGGUCUGUCAGCAGGCGGGCAGAUGUCUGCUGUCAUCUCCCACAUGGCACGUGACGCAGGGCUCGAAUUGAAGCUUGCAUUGAUGAUUGUACCUUCGACUGACUUCAGAUGGUUGAUCGCACCAGAACCAGUUCGUUCAGAAGUUGCAAAGCAGUACCCGAGUACAGAGCUGUACAAAGACGCGCCUUGGGGUGGUCUGAAGAGGGAACAAUGGUUCCUAGACUACUGGAUCCCAGAAGAGAUUAGAGCAGCAGCAUCGGGAGAUUGGAUGGCUUCUCCUAUACUGGCAAAGUCUUUUAAGGACCUUCCGCCGACACACAUCAUCACAGCCGAGUUUGACAUUUGUCGAGACGAGGCGCAGCGGUACGGGGAAUUUUUGGUCGAAGGCGGUAACCAGCUGAACGGCGAUGGGCUGGAGACGAACGACAUCAAUGACCAAGGCAUCCAUCAUCCUGCAAACUUUGCGUCAGACUAUUCGUUACCUAGUGCGCUGAACGAUGUUCAAGAUGGUUUUUGGUUCGACCAAUCUAUGAUGGAUAUCGGUAUACAGCCUUUCGAUUACAUGGACGCCUCUCCCAACGAUGUAGGAGCAGAUCAGACCGGCAUGCCAUCCGCAGGUCUACCACCAGGCGUAGAGACAACCAGUAUAGUCUGCGGUCUGACCGGAGACAUGGAUCCAUAUCUUAUGCAACGUUACAAGUUUGACUCUGACAACAACUUUGUCUUCAAAAGGCUCACUGUCCGAUCCAUGUCGCAGGACGUCCAUCCCGUCCAACUACUUGUGAGUAACGCCAUGGGAGAUGCAGACAAGACAGCCAACAGCACUGCUCGAGGCCAUCUGGAGCAGUUGGUGAGCCCGGACGUUGGUAUCAGACUGAUGUCCUUGUUCUAUCAACACGUAUACCCUCAUGUUCCGGUGAUACCUGUUGCACAAGCACCAAACCCCGUAACCUCGAAACCAUCCCUCCUUGCCGCCAUCUAUCUCGUCGCACUCUCGUUCGCUGGCUUUGAUGACUAUUUGUCUGUCCAGAUAGCAUACGAUCUACCGGAUACUGCCAAGCUGUGGAACCUUGCGUUGUCUGCCACACAACAAGAUUUGUAUAAGCCUGAUUUUGCGACUUUACAAACAGUGAUACUGCUUCUUGUUGCUCCGUCGCAGCACUUGUUGAUGCCAGACUACUCGACAAAGUGGUCACUUGUCGGUACAAUGGUGACUAUCUCGCAGACUCUGGGCUUGCAAUUCAACGCUAGCCAUUGGAAAGUCGCGCCCGCUGAGAUGGAGCUUCGGAAGCGUUUGUCAUGGGUUGUUGGAAUGAUCGAUGUCUGGCAUGCCGCAGCACUGGGUCGAACUUGCCUGAUCCGAGAAGAUGACUGGCUGGUGCCGGAGCCACGACUCGCCGACUUCUCCGACCAAGAGAGACAGACUACGAUGCCAAAGCAUUUUAUGCACAUAUACAAGCUGACUAUGAUCCUGCGUCAGGUACUGAUAACACUCUUUUCACUCAAGGCGGUCCAAACCCUUGCCAGGGAUUACGAAAUGACGUUGCGCAACGUACAACUGUCUAUGGAAGAGCUCAACCGAUGGUCGGGUGUUGCGCUCGAGAUUGAGUCUGAAGCAAGAUUCGAAGACGUCAACCUCUCAGGCCCCAUGUUGCUUGGUGGACACUUUGUAAAAGUACUACUAUUCCGCGCCAUAUUGAGGCCCUUUCACAAUGCGCCUAGAGCUGCGAGCUCGGUACCAGCUGAUGCACGCGAACUCGAAGCGCAUCGUCUGUCGAGAGCCGGAGCAAAAGCAUGCGUCACAAGCUUCAUAGCAUUCACGGCCGACCUGAAGAGCGGAUGGAUACAGGGAUUCUGGCCAUUCUGGUGCACUUUGGCUUGGUCAACUCUCUGCAACCUUGCACUGAUGCUUCACGUAACUGCGGAGACUGCCGAGGAAGCUACGGAAUGCCAGAUAUCUCUUGACCGUGCUCGGAAGACUAUCAGACUACAGUCAAAGUCACUCGAGGCUUUGCGGUUCUCACUUUUGCGCAUCGACAGCAUUUUCUGGAAGGGACUGGACAACGUUCUGACCACAAAGUUGCAACAAUCGGCAUUGAACAGAUGA